UUAAAAUACAAUUAAUGUUUUUGUUAGAAUCUUGAAAGUCCAAUCAGGGUAUGAAGCAAGGAUUGCUGUUGCGACCUGCAUUAAUUUGUAUGUACAUUAAUGAUUUUUAUGUGCUUAUUAUUGUAGGAAGAUGGACACACGUGAGAUAGGAGUCGGUGUUGUGGUGGUGUCAUGGGUGUGUGGAAGUAUAUUAUCUGUCAUGUCUCUGGUCUAUUUGAUAUUAAAUAUACGUCUGCGUAAUACGAGGUUGAUCAAAAUGUCCAGCCCAAAUUUGAAUAUUUUGGUAGCAUCAGGAGGCUUGUUGUCCAGUAUAACGUGUGUUUUAUUUGGUAUUGAUUUCUUCAUAGCAGACGACAGAAAACAAGUCUCUAAUAUAUGCCAGUUACGUGUCGCCUUUUUAAGCUGCUCGUUUUCACUGUUGUACGGACCCCUGUUAGCGAAAUGUUGGCGAGUUUAUCGAAUAUUUGAACAGGCAUCUUUAAAACGUGUUGUUAUACGUGAUAAUCAACUAUUCAUAUUUAUUGGUAUUUUGUUACUGGGUGACGUCAUUCUGAUGUCUGCAUGGCAAAUGGUUGACCCUCUUCAGUACACAAAUAUAGCUCAUGUGUCCCAGAUUGUGUCAGAAAUGAAAUUAAACCUAUCCCAUCUAUCAGUUGUAACAGUCACGACCUGUAGUUGUAAUAAUAUCGUGUCCUGGUUGAUGGUUACCAUUGCUUUGAAGACUCCUGUCCUUAUAGCCGGUCUAUUUCUCGCAUGGAAGACCCGUGACGUCAUGUUACCCUCCAUGAAUGACUGUUACGGCAUCAUCAUUAGUACUUUGACCACCAUUUCUGUUUCCACUACCAUCAUUUCCAUCAGCAGUAUUUUCCAAGAUCGUCCUAACAUCGUCUAUGGAAGUCUUCUACUUGGUAUAUUUGUCUGUUCUGCAGUAACCACGUCUAUGGUUUUCGUCCCAAAGUUGAUGUUAUGGUGGAAAAAUCCGGAAAAGGCCGAUCUUCGUGUUUCAAUGUCUGCUAAGUCUACCCACAACGUCACAGGAAUACAGACAUUCGACCAGUUUGAAGAUGAUAUGUACAGUGUAGUGGCUGAAAAUCGAUCCAUGAAGAAGUCAUUACAAGAGAAAGACCUGGCCAUUAACGACCUCCAAAAACAUUUGAGUAAUGCACAGAAGAAGUUGAUGGAAAUUUCACUGGACCAAGAGGCGCGACAAGACAGUGGUUUAGAUAUUGAUCUUUCAUCUUCAAGUGGACAAGACGACAGCGAUGCCAAUACAUCGGGCGUGAGUGGCGAACAGUUGACACCAGAGAAGACACCACCACCACCAUCUUUACCAGUUGUGACACUACUUGACACGGAUGUGCAACGGCAGCAUAGCUUAAAGAGUUAUAACAGUUCAGCAAGUGUAGUUGGUUAUAACAAGCUGUGUCGCCUGCGUGAUUCCAUUGCCGAAGACCUUAACCAAGCUAAACAUCUGAGCACUAACAUUCGAACCUCCAUCUCCAGAGAUAUGGACAAAGUAGAUAAAGUGUCCAGACACCGAUCCUUCCGUUAUGACUCUUUGAAAUCAAGACAGGAACUAGCCGGCUCCAUAGCUCAAUCAUACAACCUCGCUGAUUCCGGGGAAACAUACUCGUAUGUUUCCAGUUGCGUCACUUCCUCUUCUAAUCUUCAACAAGUUAGAAAUGUUCAAUACUCCUCUUCAGAAAGCAUCGAUACUCUUCCAAAUGACAAACUUUACCCGGAGCGACGAAAGAAACCAAGACGUCACAUGAGAAGAGGUGACCUGAAUAAAACCGUAUAUACCAUUUCAGCAAAUCCAAGAAUAGUGCAAAGUGCUGUUACUCUGUCCAAGAGCUUAGACACCGAUACAUUUGUGUAAAACAACUAUUUGAGUGUGAUAGUGAAAUUUGUGUGUGCAAAAACAACUCUAGCGAUAGUGCUCAUUGUUGGCAUCCAAGAUGUCGAUUGAAUUGUUAAAGUAUAUUAAUGGUUGAU